AUGGCUGCUGGACACUUUGUUAAAUACGUGAGACACGCAGGUGCCGCCGCACCACACGUUUCUCCAGCCAUCCGCUGGACUGCUAAAUUGCUGGGUGCCGCCAUGUGGUUUUGGAUCUUGUACCGUGUUAAAGAAGAUGGACCAGUUAUGUUUGGCUGGAAAUUGCCUCAUGAACACCAUUAG